AUGAAAUUUUGCAUUUUAAACGUAACUUACCUACUUCUAAUAUUGUUUAUAAUGAUUAUAAUGGGCGACGCAUUAUUUCGCAUUAAAUUGUAUUCAGGAAAAUCCAACAAAAAUGGUCACCGUGAUCAUGGCCCUAAAGUACCAAGACAUUCUAAAACUGGCCAUUCUAUUGGUCAUAGCUAUGGUCAACCAAGUAGUCAUCAAGUUGGCCCGGCUAAACCUGGCCACCCAAACAGACCUAGACUAAUUAGACAAGCACAAGUAUUAUUGACCAAUGACUUUAAUUCAGACUAUUACGGAAUGAUAUCACUGGGCACUCCACCACAAACAUUCAAAAUCAUGUUUGAUACGGGCCUCUCCGACCUAUGGGUGCCAUCCAUAAACUGUCAAACCGGGUGCACAAAUACAGCUGAAUACAACUCCGCGGUGUCGACCACAUACCAGCCCAACGGCACACCAUUUUUCAUUGGCUAUGGAGAUGGUAGUAAUGUCACCGGUAUUCUGGACCAGGAUGUGCUCAACUUUGGGGGCGUAAUUGUACAGAAUCAGAUAUUUGCCGAGAUCACCACGCUCAAUAACCCUGAUUCCAUCUAUGACGGUAUACUAGGCAUGGGUUACCCAUCACUGGCCGCACCAGACACUACACCGCCGUUUAACAACAUGAUCAAUCAGGGAUUAAUUGCCCCGGUAUUCUCAUUCUACCUGAACCGUGACGUUAAUGGGCAACCGGGCGGUGAACUACUGCUGGGCGGCUCAGACCCCGCCCACUAUAUCGGCGCCCUUACGUACGUUAGUGUUAGCCAACAGGGCUAUUGGCAAUUCGCGAUGGAUGGAGGUAGCGCCUUUGCCGAUACGGGCACAUCCCUCAUAGCGGGCCCCACACCUGAUAUUCAAGCUAUAAAUAACUUUUUAAACGGUGUAGAAAAUGGCGAUGGCACAUAUAAUGUUGAUUGUAAUGCGUUUAUGCAAGGUCAAUUGCCAAAAAUAGAGUUUACCAUCGGUGGUACAGUAUUCCCGUUAACGCCCGCACAGUAUAUACAGUCUAACGGCGAUCAAUGUUUGUCAGGUUUUUCUUAUAAUACCCAACAAUCCGAUGAUAUGUGGACUUUGGGCGACGUGUUUAUCGGUCCCUAUUAUACUGAGUUUGAUUUUGGUAAUAAUCAGCUCGGAUUUGCUCAAUCAAAAUAA